AUGUCUGGUCGUGGAAAGGGUGGCAAGGGAUUGGGAAAGGGAGGAGCGAAACGACAUCGUAAGGUGCUUCGUGAUAACAUUCAAGGAAUAACGAAGCCAGCUAUUCGGCGAUUGGCUCGCAGGGGUGGUGUGAAGCGUAUCAGUGGAUUGAUUUAUGAGGAGACUCGUGGAGUUCUCAAGAUCUUCUUGGAGAACGUGAUUCGUGACGCGGUUACCUACACGGAGCAUGCAAGGAGGAAGACCGUUACGGCUAUGGAUGUUGUCUAUGCCCUAAAGAGGCAGGGAAGAACACUCUACGGAUUUGGGGGUUAG